ACUAUCAAGCUGCUGAAUAUCCCAUCCGGGUCAAUAGGGGUCGCGUGAGGGUUGCUUAACAGAAACAUGUUGUUACGUAGAGUCCUACAGUGUGGUGUUCCUGCACUCAAAGUCAGUCGGUCCAUUCAUCAGAGUGCGCCAUGGAGAAGUCCACUCAUACCAAUAGUUGUGGAGCAGACGGGCCGAGGAGAGCGAGCAUAUGACAUCUACUCAAGGCUGCUUCGAGAGAGAAUCAUUUGUGUUAUGGGUCCAAUCGAUGACUCUGUAGCUUCUCUGGUUAUCGCUCAGCUGCUCUUUCUCCAGUCUGAGAGCAACAACAAGCCUAUUCACAUGUACAUCAACAGUCCUGGUGGUGUGGUUACAGCUGGACUUGCGAUCUAUGACACUAUGCAGUACAUCCUAAAUCCCAUCUCAACCUGGUGUGUGGGUCAGGCCGCCAGUAUGGGCAGUCUGCUUCUGGCCGCAGGAACCGCAGGCAUGAGGCAUUCCCUGCCCAAUGCCCGGAUCAUGAUGCACCAGCCCUCCGGAGGAGCAAGGGGGCAAGCAACAGAUAUUGCCAUACAGGCUGAGGAGAUUCUCAAACUCAAAAGACAGAUCAACAACAUCUAUUGCAAACACACAGGGCAGCCUUUGGAGACUAUAGAGAGCGUGAUGGAGAGAGACCGGUACAUGAGCCCGAUGGAAGCACAGGAUUUCGGGAUCAUCGACAAAGUCCUGGUUCAUCCACCACAGGCUGGGCAGGAUGAGCCAGAACUCAUUCAAAAAGAGCCCACCAGCCCUGCAAGCGCCUCCACCACCUCCCCUCAACCUCAAGCCUCUGAGCCGGGCCAGUCCGGCAGCAGCCCUCCCUCCUCAUACAAGCCUGAGCCCUGAAAGAGACACUCCCAGCAGGAGCGAGUGAACUACUGCAUCACUGGUUCAGUGUCUGUUUUGGCAGAUGUUUGAGGGGACAGUCACCAGCUCACACGUCAUAAUCUGAACCUUGUGACCUUCCUUUUGUACCUUUUAUUGAGUAUCACUAAGCCUAGUCCUGAGACAGUACUGGAAUCUGGAUUUAACAGAUGCAAGUGUAAAGAUACUCAGUCUAGCCCUUAUAUUUGUAUGAAGUACAAAUAAAGGCAUCUUUAGCAAGAAUUUGGUUCAUUGUAAACAAUCUAGAUGGGAACACAUGCUUACAGCACAGGGUUUCAAGUCUAUAUUAUUUGGAUGUGUGUUGCCAUGUCACACAAUAUACUUUGAGUUGUAAAUGUGCCCCUCAUUUAAUAUAAUCCAUGUCAAAAUGAUUUAGAGCAAGAGAUUUUAUAGAUGAAUUUUCAAAUAAAUCAUUGGUUAAAUAUGGAUUGUUUUCCUGUCUUUUGAAAUCCGAAUAUUUUACCAAAGGUACACCCCAGUUCAAAACUUUUGGGUCUGUAUGAAUUUUUAAAUAGGAAAUAUGUACAUUUAUACAGCAAGUAU